AUGGCUAGACUCAAAGCUGUUAUGCCCAAAGAAUCUGGUGCCUGGCUGAAUGCUCUUUCCGUGGCUUCUUUGGGUACCCUCUUAGAUGAUGCAUCUUUUAGAAUUUCGAUAGGUCUUCGAUUAUCACUUCACGAGUUACUUCAAUAUUUAGAAGAUAAUUAUGAACAAGAAACAAAUGUUUCUAAUAGUGCUACCAUAUAUAUCCAACCACCUGAAAAUACUAGGGCAGAAACAGACGAAGAUAGUGACUUAUCUGACCAAGAAAAAGAGAACGACGAGAGCAUGAUACCUUACUAUGGGAAGCAUCAUGCGAAGCAGUAUAUAAAGGGAAAACCAAUCAGAUUCGGCUAUAAAAACUGGGCCCUCUGUAGUAAUACUGGCUAUAUGGUUAGUUUCGAUAUUUAUACUGGUAAAUCCACCAAUGAGAAACAAUUUGGCUCAGAAGGAGAUGUGAUAUCGCUGGUGAACUCAGCAGGAAUACCUUCGAAUAAGGGUUUCAAAUUAUACUUUGAUAAUUACUUCACCAGCAUUACUUUAUUGACUCAUUUAGCAGGAAAUAAUAUAUGUGCAACAGGUACCAUUAGAGCUAAUAGGAUGGAGGGUUGUCCAUUUCCUGAUAAGGGAUUCUGGAACAAAUCAGAGAGAGGUACCUAUAAAUUUUUAUCAAACGGUAAACUUUCACUAACACAAUGGAAAGAUAACAAAGUGGUUACCAUGGCUACCAAUUUCGAAGACACAAGUGUUACAUCUGCGAAAAGAUGGUGCAGGGAAACAAAAUCUAAAAAGAAUAUUUCCCAACCGAAAGUUAUUCACAACUAUAAUCAGAGGAUGGGUGGUGUCGAUAAAAUGGAUGGGCUCGUGGCGGCAUAUCGAUCUAGAAUUAGACAAAGGAAGUGUAUUGGCCAAUUUUUCAAUACUUGUUAG